UUCACAUUUUCUGGGAUCUGACAGAAUUGUGGAAGAGAGUCAGUUUUCUUGUUCAAGAUCUUGUAUGCUGAAAAUUUCCACAUUUUUUCCUACAAUAUGAAGAAGUAGAGGUAUCUUUAGGAUGUCAGCAAUGACUUCGGUGUGUUCUGAUGACUGGCUGAUAGUGAGAACGCCAAGGAAACCAUUUGGUAAUGACACGGAAGUGAGAGCUGAUGACAUCCACCUGGGGAGCAACUGCUCUGUAACCAGAAUCCUGAGCUUCAACUAUGAGUUUUCUUAUCCUCUCGUGUCCUGUGAGAUCAGCAGAUUUGUGUUCCAGGGAAAUUAUGUUCUCGUAUUAUCCGAGAUCAGGUAUAGACCGGUGUUGGAUCUUACCCAUAAUUUCCAGGUGGUCUGCUUCGUGAACAGGCCUAAAUUGCCGCCUGUAAAGCCUUUUGGAAUAAAUUGGUAUAGUGUGAGGUCUUUCAGUGUUGGCACGCAUGUGGUAGGACAACAGGCAGCAGAUUCCUUGAAAAGUAAAACAUGUGCACCUAAUUUUACCAGUUCUCCUAAGAGCCAACUGCUGGUGAGACACUGGAUCAGCAACUCCUCUGUUAGGAUUCCCUUUGUUCCCCAAGACACAGAAGCAAAUGGUGCACACUAGCCUGGGGCUGGGUUUCAGCCACACCGUUGUUUUGCCCAUUUCAAGACCAGUAGUUACAUUGGUUAACCUGUUUAAAUGCCUUCUGGGAUUUGGGAUAGUAUAGCUCUAUUGUGUCACGUUUAAAUGCUUUACUGAAUUAACUCUAAGGGGACUUGUCACCAGAACUUUCUACUUGAAGGCCGAAUUCCCAAUGAAGCUGUCACUGUAUGAGUGUUUGCUUGUAAAUCGGGCUGCAUAAUGCCUCCUCCUCCCACAUUAAAGUAUAAAACACA